AUGGGUCUCGGAAUUCUCGAAGACAACCAACUCGAGCAUGUCCCCGGCACAGCUCCUCUGAAUGAACUCGGCCGAGAGAUUUACAACCCCAGCGGAGUCGACUUAACAAUCCUCAAGCAUGACCCCACAGGGCAGAUUGUCCUCGUUCCUCAGCCAUCGGACUCACCCAACGAUCCUUACAAUUGGCCCAGAUGGAAGAAAGAGAGGUUCACCAUUGCCUUUGCUUUCAGUUGUGGAGCUGUUGGUGCUGUUGGCCCACUCCUGAGCCCCGCAUUCGUUGAACUGGCCGCUGAGUUCAACAUCACUCUAUCAGCAUUCAUCCAAGGUGUUCAAGGCGGUGUCAUCGUUGCAAUCGCCUUCGGCAGCCUGAUUUGUAAUGCUUUGGCGGUGAAAUACGGGAAGCGGCCCGUAUAUCUUAUCACUACGGUUGGCUUGAUGGUCACUUGCUUCUGGUGCGCAGCUGCGAAGAGCUUUGGGUCUUUGGUUGCUGCGAGAGUCAUCCAAGGCUUCUGCAUGGGCCCUCUUGAAGCUUUGAUUCCUGCUUCGAUCGCCGAUGUCUGGGCAAGUUGCUUCGUACAUGAACGCGGAUACAGGUCUGCCAUCUUCAACCUAGGAGUUCUCGGUGGAAUUAAUUUGGCAGCACCAAUCACUGGCGGCAUCAUCCAAGCUAGCAGCUAUAAAGUCGCUUUCUAUGCCAUGGGUGGUGCAUUUGGUCUCGCUCUCAUUAUGAUCUUUUUCUGGAUGCCGGAAACAGCAUAUGUCAGGACAGGUGUGGUGAACCUUGAUACUGGAAGCAAUAAUUUGAUGACUGAACUUACCAUGACCCACAAGAUUGGCGCUUCUCAUCUUGAGAAAGAGGAGAAGGCUGCCUCUGGUCAACCUACUCAGCCUCCCACGCCUCCUGCCUCAGACGAAGAGCCUCACUCCUUUGCCAAAGAGAUGCUCCCAUAUAGCGGAUAUGUCAACCACGUCUCAUUCCUCAACACUGUGUUCCGUCCUUUUGUCAUGCUGGCAUCUCCGGCAGUGCUGUGGGCAACUCUCCUCUUUACAACGUGCAUCUCAUGGCUCGUCGGGAUCUCCAUCACACUUUCGCAGAUCUUCUCAGCCCCACCAUACAACUUCUCAGUCACAGCAGUCGGGCUGACAAACCUCUCGUCUUUCGUUGCAUCUCUUCUUGGAACUGCAAUUUCUGGACCCUUGAUCGAUGGUGUAGUGCGACGGAUGUCACUUCGAAACGGAGGAACAUUCGAACCCGAAUUCCGCCUCCCAAUCAUGGUUACCUACCUUCUCUUCACCGCAACCGGCUUCUUCGCCUGGGGUCAAGCAUCCUACGCGCUCGACCCUUGGGAAGUUCCCGUCAUCGUUGGUCUCGGCUUUGUUAAUUUUGGGGUACAGCUCGGCACCACAGGUAUUGUAUCAUAUGUUGUAGACUGCCAUCGUGAAAAAGCAGGCGAGGCAUUCGCUGUCAUGAACUUCAUCAAGAAUCUCUUUGCUUUCGGGCUCGUAAAUUACUUGAACAACUGGCUUGCUACUCAAGGGACGAGGAAUGUGUUCUUUACGAUCGGUGGAAUCACGAUCGGCGUUAGCUUGUUCACUAUACCGAUGUAUAUUUAUGGCAAGAGGGCGAGGAGCUGGGUUUAUCGUCAUGGCAUUGCGGGGAAGGAUUGAAUAGGGGUUCGGCUGCUCCGGCGGUCAGGCGAGCUUCAGGCAAAGGAAAGUAAGGUGG